AUGUUGGCAUUCUACAACUACAUACAAACAAAUUACCGUAAUGACGUCAUCAACGCUCGCCCGGCACAUCACCACUGGGAGGCAAUCAAAAUAAACAGGAUCCUACGCAGCUGCAACAGCAUCAACGACCACAUCAACCACGCCAAUCACUCCAACCACACCAACCACACCAGCCACACCAACCACACCAGCCACACCAACCACACCAGCCACAUCAACCACACCAGCCACGCUGUGAAGUCACAUUUAAAAAAUGUUAACAUCGUAAUAUGUGACCGCUGUGUGGAGGUGUGGCUGAAAGUUCGUGAGUACACAUAA